CCAAAUAAGACCCAUCACUCGCACUUUCUCCCUCUACUCGCAGUCCAAACCUUUUUUGAACGCUUUAAUUCAAUCAUUUCAUACGCUUGCGCUUCAAAGAAAAUUAACAAAUAAAAAGGUUACCUCUUCUCGAAUUUAGCAAUGGCGGGCGACUCCUCAUCCGCUUGAACAACGACUGUAGGAUCAUUUAAAGCAAGAUGGGGAGUUUCGCCGUCCGACGUUGUUUAUCACUUCGGCACGAGUGGAAUGUCUGUUGCUGCUGCAACCGGCAUUACUCAUCCUUUAGAUGUUCUCAAAGUUAGGCUGCAAAUGCAACUUGUCGGCCAAAGAGGUCCAUUGACUGGCAUGGGAAGACUUUCUAUGCAAGUAGUCAAAACUGAAGGACUUAGGUCCUUGUAUCUGGGAUUGACACCUGCAUUAACGAGGUCAGUUCUCUAUGGAGGUCUCCGUUUAGGCUUAUACGAACCAUCAAAAUAUGUCUGUGAAUUGGCUUUUGAGUCCACCAAUGUCUUCAUGAAGAUUGCAUCUGGAGCAUUCUCUGGCGCUGUUGCAACUGCACUAACCAACCCGGUGGAAGUUGUGAAGGUAAGGCUGCAGAUGAACACAAAAACCACUAGUGGGCCGAUCCACGAACUGCAGAAAAUUGCUUUGGAAGAGGGCGUGGCAGCCCUUUGGAAGGGAGUUGGACCUGCAAUCGCCAGAGCUGCCGCCUUGACUGCUUCACAGCUAGCAACAUAUGAUGAAUCCAAGCAGGUGCUGAUGAGAUGGACUUCUCUUCAGGAAGGAUUUUAUCUGCAUCUCAUUGCGAGUACCAUAGCAGGCACAAUGAGUACCAUCAUUACUGCACCUAUUGAUAUGAUUAAAACCAGACUUAUGUUGCAACGAGAAUCUAAGAGAGUUGGAAGCUAUAGAAAUGGGCUCCACUGUGCGUACCAGGUUCUGCUAACAGAAGGUCCCCGAGGUCUUUACAAAGGGGGCUUUGCAAUUUUCGCACGACUGGGUCCACAAACGACACUUACCUUUAUCCUCUGUGAGAAGCUGCGUGAACUUGCAGGACUGAAGGCACUCUAAGCCACAGAUACACCAUUUCCAUUAUUCCCAAUUUGGAAUCUGUUAUUUUUGUCCAGCUGCUAAAAAGUAGCAAGAGGAACCCGAAUGAUGGAACUCAAGAUAGAUUAAUAUUUGUUCAGAUUUCUUAAUUUUCUUGGUGAUGAUCGGCCAAGAAUAAUAGGUCAUUUGUUUUACAAAUAUCACAUAAAUGUCUCCUUGAUUGCUGCCUCUUAUUGAGUUUCAAUCGGGGCCAGUCUGUAUCUCAUUGGGGGGACCAGUUUUCAGCAUACAUUGUUGUAGUAAUUUGCAACACUAGUGAUAAUGACUUGAUCCAAGAUGAUGAUGUUUCUUUUUCUUUUUCAUGGAUCCUAUAUCACUUAUCUCCAUUGUCUCACUAGGAAAAAGUGUGAUGGGAUCCAGCCUGAUUGAUGGAUGGUAAACAUUCUAAUUA